AUGCGAGCUGUACUCGCAGAUCUGGUAUCUUUCUUGCUUUACUUUCCGCUCUUAUCUGCUUCACUUCUCUUUCGUGGAACCAAGCGCGACGCACCGUACGAGCAGGUGAACGACCACCCAGGAUGGAGUCAUCAAAACGAGGACAAGGACGAGCCAGACAAGUACUUCCAUGAGUCAAGCUUCUCAGAGCACUAUGAUGGCCGCUUCGCCACCGCACCACUGAUCUAUGAAGAUCGCCAAAGCCACCUGACGGCAUUAUUGCGCACAUACAUGUCUUCGAUGCGUGAUAUCGGCGCUGAGACGUGGAUCAUGCACGGCACUCUGCUAGGCUGGUACUGGAGUCGCACAAUCUUACCGUGGGAUGGAGAUCUAGACGUGAUGAUCUCAGAGAAGUCACUGUACCAUUUGGCGAGCUUCUAUAACAUGUCAAUGCACCACUUUUCGCUUCCUGGAGCGCCAAACGAACCGCGAGUCCGGCAUAAUUAUAUGCUGGAAGUCAAUCCACAUUACAAGAACUCCAGCGUGGAAAGUGUCAACAAAAUAGAUGCCCGGUGGAUCGACACCGAGACUGGGCUCUUCAUCGACGUCACCACUCUCCGCCGCAACAAGACUGCUCAAGCACUAGGCGAAGAAGACGCGAUGAUGGUCAAGGACAGGCACCACUACUAUCAUGACGACAUCUUCCCACUCAGGUCUACAACAUUCGAGGGCGUACCAGUCAACAUUCCUUUCGCAUAUGCUGAGAUCCUGAUCGAAGAGUAUGGCGAAGAGGCACUGUCAGAUGUGCACUUUCUGAACCACCGGUUCGAUAUCGAGAAGCAGGAAUGGAGAGCUUUGAGGUACGCAGAACUCGUUCGCUAUAGAGAGCACGGUGCGAUGCUUGGUUCUACAUUCUGGGGCAAAGCUGCGGAUUCCGAGUCUUACUUUCCUGAUUGA